UCCAUGGAAUCUGAAGCCGAGCUGAUUAAACAGCAGCCAGCCAGUUGAUCUUUCUCUUUCUCUCUCAUCUAUCUCCCUUCUUCUAUCUUCCAUUCCAACACAAAUUUAGAAAGAUCAAAAUUCCCGGGAAAAUGCCCGAAUUCGAAGAUGAGAAUCGCACAUAUUCUCCCAAACUGAUGCUGACUGGUACUUCACCGCCUCUUCCACCGAAGGACUCGCCGAUGGAUCUCGAUCUCGACGGUCCUUGGUCCUUUGAUCAGAUCUUCACCUCGAAUUCAAUGUCUCCUUUCUUCUUCUCCACUUCCGAACAACCUUACUCGCCUCUCUGGACGUUUUCCGAUGAUAAACCUCUGGAAAACUUCUCGUCAACGCUCGCCGCAGAUUUGCUGAUUGAAAACGAAGCUGUAACUGGCGAGAGAAGAAAACAAUCGGCGCCAAUUCUAGGAUUGAUACCGGUAGAUUAUCCAGAUGCGUCUUGUCUGCUAAAGGAGAGAAUGACACAAGCACUUAGACAUUUCAAGGAUUCAACUGAACAACACGUACUCGCACAGGUCUGGGCACCUGUUAAGAAUGGAAGUCGCUAUGUACUAACAACAUCAGAGCAACCGUUCGUUCUCGAUCCAAAUAGUACUGGACUGUAUAAAUAUAGGACUGUCUCUUUGAUGUACUCGUUUUCUGUAGAUGGUGAGAGCGAUGGAGUUCUUGGACUUCCUGGUCGUGUUUUCCUUCGUAGGAUGCCAGAAUGGACUCCAAACGUGCAAUACUAUUCGAGCAAAGAGUAUCCAAGGCUUAAUCAUGCUCAACAUUACGAUGUUCGUGGAACUUUAGCUCUGCCAGUGUUUGAACCUUCAGGUCAUAUGUGUAUUGGAGUUCUUGAACUCAUAAUGACUUCUCAGAAGACCAAUUACGCUCAUGAGGUUGAUAAAGUCUGUAAAGCUCUUGAGGCAGUGAACUUGAAAAGUUCUGAGAUCCUGGAUUAUCCAGAAACACAGAUUUGCAAUGAAGGUCGCCAAAACGCAUUGGCUGAAAUCUUAGAGAUAUUGACUGUUGUUUGUGAGAUAAACAAUUUACCACUAGCUCAGACAUGGGUACCAUGUAUGCACAGAAGUAUUCUUGCUGAUGGAGGCGGUUUGAAGAAGAGCUGUCGAAGUUUCGAUGGCAGUUGCAUUGGAAGAGUCUGUAUGUCAACAACUGAUGCAGCUUUCUACGUUGUAGAUGCUCAUAUGUGGGGUUUCAGAGAGGCUUGCGCUGAACAUCACUUGCAAAAAGGUCAAGGGGUUGUUGGACGAGCAUUCUCCUCCCAUAAUUCGUGUUUCUGCGAGGAUAUUACCCAAUUUCGCAAAACCGAAUACCCUUUGGUUCAUUAUGCGAGAAUGUUCGGGUUAACUAGCUCGUUUGCAAUCUGCUUGAGGAGUACUCAUACUGGAAACGAUGAGUAUAUUCUUGAGUUCUUUUUGCCACUCCAGAUGAAAGAUGCCAGAGACCAACAGAAGUUGUUGGAUUCUUUAUUGAUAACCAUGAAACAACAUUUUCAGAGUCUUCAAGUUGCCUCUGGUGAAGAACUUGAAGAAGCUGGAAAAUGCAUUGAAAUUAUUACAGCCCCUUUUGGUGAAAAAGACGAUCCUGAACCAGAAUCUAAUUUUCAAAAAAAGAAGGAACCAGUUAUUCUACAGUUAACUGAGCAACAGUUAUGUACUGUUAAAGCCAAUGGAGGUAUCCAAACCGCGGCCGUGGACUCGCCAGAGAAUAAAGUUGUCCCGACCAAAAAAUCAGAGAGGAAACGCGGAAAAGCAGAGAAAUCCAUUAGCUUAGACGUCCUGCAACAAUAUUUUGCCGGAAGUCUCAAAGAUGCCGCGAAGAGUCUAGGCGUAUGUCCAACAACAAUGAAGCGAAUAUGCAGGCAACACGGAAUCUCAAGAUGGCCAUCUCGAAAGAUCAACAAAGUUAACCGUUCCCUUUCAAAGCUGAAACACGUAAUCGAAUCAGUUCAAGGUGCAGACGCCACCUUCACUAUAAAUUCAAUCGCAACAACAAAUCCAAUUCCAAUCUCUGUCGGCUCCCUCUCGUGGCCCAAUCAGCCCAAACCCACAGAAGUCAUCCCUCCUGAAGCAGCAGACGACUCGAGCCUAUCCAAGUCAGGAAGUGGAUCAAGAGACGAAAGCGCAGGAACCCCAACUUCUCACGGCUCAUGCCAAGGUGGAAACCCUCAAAACGCAAACAUCCAACAAUUAAUAAUAAACACGGAACAAGAAGAACAACAACAGCCCACAAGAAAGAUCGAUCUCUCAGCUGCCUUCUUGGUCCCAGAAUCUCUAUUCGCAAAUGAACCAUUUGGAGCAAUGUUGAUCGAGGAUGCAGGAAGUUCACAUAAUUUAGGAAAUCUUUUAACUGGUGGUGGCCAAUUACAAACUGGUCUCGAGUACUUAGUUAAUACAAACAGGUUCUUUCCGUCGAGCAAUUCACCUCCAGAAGGAACGACAGUCACCAUUAAGGCUUCAUAUAAAGAAGAUAUAAUAAGGUUUCGGUUUCAGUCAGGUUCGGGUAUUGUAAAAUUGAGAGAAGAAAUAGGUAAAAGGUUGAAGCUGGAAGUUGGUACUUUCGACGUGAAGUAUUUUGACGACGAUCAGGAGUGGGUACUGAUCGCCUGUGACACCGAUCUACAAGAAUGUCUGGACGUGACAUUUUCAGGUAGUAAUAUAAUAAGGCUGUUGAUUCAAGAAAUUACAGUUAACCUCGGGAGCUCUUGCGAAAGCUCGGAAUGAAGAACAUUGAUCAUAUUAUUAUUGUAGCAUGAUUCUUGGUAGUUUUAGAUGUUAGCAAUCUAAAUGAGUGAAAGAUGUAGUCUUGUAGAUUUUGUGUUCAUUUGUGAUUUAACAUUUUAUUAUUGUUUCUCAUUAUAUGUAUAUGUGUUAGAAUUUUUAAUUUGUAAA